AUGGGUCUCGGCGUGCUGGAAGAUACGAAGUUGGACCAUGUUCCUGGGACGUCCUUCGUGAUGGAUGAUCAGAAUUCUGCCCGAGAAGGCACCUCCCACGAAAUUAAGCCCUGGCUCAAGUACGAUCGCUCAGGGCCGGUCCCCAUUGUCCUCGUCCCGCAACCAAGUGAUGACCCAUACGAUCCGUUGAAUUGGCCGUUAUGGAAACGGGAUGUCAUCCUGGCCAUCCUAUCUCUAGUUGCCGUGCUUUGCGCAACGAUGAGCCCAAUCAUGGCUGCCAACACAGUCGACAUUGCUCUUUACUAUUCCAAGAACUUCACCGACGUAGCCUUGCUCACCGGUUACCACUUGCUUGGCGUUGGCGUGGCCGGUAUUUUCUGUGUUCCGACCGCAAGAGUAUGGGGCAAGCGCCAUCUCUUUAUUAUUGGUAACGUCUUGAUGAUUAUCAGCUGUGCCUGGGCCGGAGGCAGUAGUAAUAGCUACCGGAGCUUGACAGCUGCGCGAGUCUUCCAAGGCUUUGCUCUAGCUCCAUUCGAAGCCUUGGUGAAUACCUGCGUUGGCGACUUAUACUUUGUGCAUGAGCGUGGAAAGCGGAUGGCCCUCUCAAAUGUCGCGCUUUUCGGUGGAGCAUUCUUGACUCCCGUAUUCGUUGGCAAGAUAACAGCAUCGCUAAGCUGGGAGUGGACUUUUUAUUUUGUGGCCAUCUUCACUGCCGCAGCUUUGCCCUUUAUGAUUUUCUUCGUGCCAGAAACUGCCUAUCGCCGUGCUGAUUACCUGAACACUGAUUUUCUUGGCGAUGCUAUUCCCCCAUCCGAUUAUACAGGGCCUCAAGCAAGCAGCGAUCAAUCAGAUACACAAAUGACUUUUGGUCGUGAGAAGGUAGAACCUCAUGGAUCUAGCGAAGGCCUUCGAGACGGAACCCAGGCCGCACAAAUCGGUGGGGAGCAACUCCCUACAAGGGAUGGGAAUGUCACCAUGGUUCCGCGGGAAUACUCGUAUCGGCAGACGUUGAAACUUUUCAACGGCCGGAAGACUGACGAAGACUUUUUGAAACUCCUUCUACGUCCAUUUCCGCUAUUCCUCCAUCCUGGGAUUCUUUGGGCUUGCUUAACCCAAGGUGUCCUCAUCGGCUGGACAGUAUUCAUUGGUGUGGUGUUAGCAGUCGUGUACAUGACUCCCCCCUUGUGGUUCGACGAAGUCCAGACCGGCUAUAUGUACACUUCGGCUUUCAUCGGGUCGAUCAUCGGUCUGGUUUUGUCCGGCCUUCUUUCUGACUGGAUUAACAAGAUCAUGAUCAAACGCAACAAAGGCACGUACGAGCCAGAGUUUCGCAUCGUCCUAGUGUUUUUCCAGCUUAUUUUCAGUGGCAUCGGACUCUUUGGAUUUGGAAUCACUGCCAAUGACAUCAAGAAAUAUGGUUGGCUGAUCCCUGACGUUUUCUUCAGCUUUGUGAUCAUUGGAAUGGUGAUGGGCGCUGUUUCUAGUGCUCUGUAUAUUGUCGAUGCACACCGUCAAAUUGCCGUCGAGGCAUUCACCUGCAUGCUCAUUUUCAAAAACUUUUUCAGUUUUGUUCUCACCUUCUUCGCAUAUAAUUGGCUCGUUGUGAAGGAUGGUUCCCGGAUACCUUUUGAGGUUAUUGGCGCAAUCCAGAUUUUCAUCUGCCUUUUGGCUAUCCCGAUGUAUAUAUUCGGGAAAAAGAACCGUUCCUUUUUCGCGCGCAACGACAUUUUGAAAAUCCUCCAUCUGUGGUAG